AGCUCCGUCAAUCGUAACUUCCACACGUGAACGAAGCAGGCAGCUUCGGUGUGCACCGGGUGCAGUGGUCUUUUGAGACUUUGUGAAGUUUUCGACAACACCGGGUCUGCAGGUGCAGCCUGAGGUCACGUGGUUCACCGGAAACAUGGCGGAGGUCGUUCAGCAGCGGAUCGAGGACCGGAUCCCUGAGCUGGAGCAGCUGGAGAGAGUGGGGCUGUUCACCACGAAGGAAGUCAAAUCCAUAAUAAAGAAAUCGACGGCUCUGGAGUACAAACUGCACCGGUUCAUUGUAAACAAAGAGGACUUCAUCUCCUACAUUCAGUAUGAAAUCAACAUUUUAGAGCUGAUCAAGAAGAGACGAGCGCACAUCCAUUACCAGUUUAAACGAGAGGAGAUUGAAUACCCCAUCAUCCACAGAAUAAGUAGUAUUUUCAGAAGAGCAACAAAGAAGUGGAAGGAUGAUGUGCAGCUCUGGCUCUCACAUGUUGUCUUCUGCAAGAAAUGGGCAACCAAAAGUCAGAUCAGCAAGGUGUUCUCAUCUAUGCUGGCUAUCCACCCCGACAAACCAGCUCUGUGGAUCAUGGCUGCCAAGAGUGAGAUGGAGGAUCGAGAUUCAUCUGAGAGCGCCAGACACCUGUUUCUGCGAGCGCUUCGUUUUCACCCGAACAAUAAGAAAGUCUACCAGGAGUACUUCCGUUUGGAGCUGCUGCAUUGUGAGAAGCUGAGGAAGCAGAAGGAGGAUCUGGAGAAAGCUGAGCUGGACUUGGGAGAAUACAAGUUUUCUCCAGAGAUCCUGAGUGGACAACUGGCCAAAAUCGUGUAUAUAAAUGCUACAGGAAAGAUCAAGGAAGCAGAAUUUGUCAUCUCUCUUCUGAGCAUAGCAGCGAUCUUUGAUUUCACAAAAGAACUUCAGGAUUUCAUCCUGCAAGACUUACAGAUGAACUACACGGAGGACAGCAUCACGUGGGAUUUCAUGGCCAAGAGGGAGCUGGAGGCUCCGGGAGCCGGGGAGGAGCUCCACACCGCCAAAGGCCGAGCCUCGGAUAUCAACCGCAGAGAGGAGCGCUGCUGUCAGGUGUACGAGGAGGGUGUCAAGAGCCUCAACACCGAGCCCAUGUGGACUUGUUAUGUGGCCUUCUGCUUGGAAAGACUCAAAAGAAAGACGAACGUUCAAGAACUGAAGGACAAGAGGCAGGAGAGGCUGCUGGGAGUUUUACAACGAGCUCAUGACGACUCCCUGCUGAAGGAGGAUUACUACAAGAACUGGCUGGAGAUCCUGCUGUCGUCAGGAGAUGCUGAUCGAGGAGUCAGCGUUGCCAUGGCAGCCAUGCAGCGCUGCAGCUGCUCUGUGUCGGUGUGGUGUGCGAGUCUGCAAACACUGAUACAGCUGGGGAGUGGGGGCGUAAGCGGGCUUUUCCAGGAUGCUCUCACACACGUUAAUCCCAAGGAGAGUCUCCCACUGUGGAGGCUACAGCUCCAGUGGAGCAGGACCACCCAGAGUCCAGAAGAGACUGAAGCCAUCUUCAAG